ACAGAGAUCAGGGACAGGAUGGGACAAAUCACAGAGGAGAUCCGGCAGCUGGAGCAGGACUCAGAGGAAGCUCAGGGGGAGAGUCAGCAGAAAUACAAAGAGCUGAAGAGGAGACAGGAGGAAAUUGAUCGGUACCAGGAGUCAUUCGAGGAGUCCAGGGCUCAGGAGCAGGACAAGAUGACACAGAGUCAGGAGAACAUCGUCUCCCUGCUGGAGCACUGCAGCAGAAACAUGUUGAGGCUGCAUCAGGUGGAUACAGUGACAGCCAGUGAGCUGAGGAACAUGCAGGAGGUGCUGGUCAGUAAGGAGACGGAGGUGGUCCAAUCAGAGAGCACUGCCAGAGGACUGACAACUGAGUCCCAGCGUCUGCAGCAGGACCUGGAGAAGGUGCAGCAGCUGGAGGGGAAGAUCACGGGUGAGCUCAGCACCCUGAAGGAGCGCGUCAGAACCAUGGAGUCUGAGCUGGUCACCUACCGGGACCUGGACGCCCUGAGGCACACAGCAGAGGAGAAGAAAAAGAGACUGCAGGAGGACCGCAUAUCGCUGAGUCAGCGUCGGGAUUCCUUCAGUCAGCUGUUGGAGGAAAUGAACCAGAAAUAUGAAGCUCUGAAGACGACGCUGCAAGAAAACGAGACUCACGCUCAGCUGGCUAACCUUGAGAGGAAAUGGCAACACUUGGAGCAGAACAACUUCGUAAUGAAAGAGUUCAUCGCCUCUAAAUCUCAGGAGAGUGACUACGCCUCGGUCGCCAAGAACGUCUCCCAACAGGUGGCGGACUACAACAAGAGUCUUAUCGACUUCCUGCAGAACAGGAGCUAAAUACACAUUUAAAACAUAAAAAGCAUGUUAUAUUUCAGCUAACGUCAUGAUAAAGGGGUUAUUCCAAAGACAGUUCAAUAUUCAGUUUUUGAUGAAGAUGUCACUGUUUUGUCCGUUAGACUCAACUGCUUACUGUCCAAAAAUACCUAAAUGUGUCUUUGUAGUCGUAGUUUGAAAGUAUUUAUCUACUAUAUUUUGUAUUUAAAUGUAUCGGAGCUUUUGCUGUAAUCCAUGUCACUACUUUGGGUUUCUGUGAACGAGUGCCGCGGUUACUUGAAUAAAGACGUUUUGAUUGAA